AUGCUGUGGGAUAAGAGAUUGAAGAAAUUGUGUCGACGUCAAUUCAAAUCUCAGAAUUCCGAGUACAGAAGUCAUUCGUUUCGUCAUAUUGAUCCGGGUGAUAAGGUUCAGUUGGCAGUUGUUGUAUUCGAUAUGUUGUAUCUGAAUGGAAAAUCGAUUAUGAAUGCACCACUUCAUCAGCGCCUUCGAGCUUUGGAUGCUGGUCUUCUGAAGGACAAUCAGAAACACAUAGACACGAUAUCGCUUGCGCCGCGGAAGACUGUCUCUACAAAGUAA